UCCAAGAUGCCAGCACUGUCUUCUUCAUAUACCACAGCUCUUCCGCCGAGACCAGAAAUAUGUCUUGCUCAUUGUCAACAUCGUCGUCUUCCCCUCCCUCCACCGCUCCCUCCACCCCAAAGAUGUACACCCAGCAUGACAUCGAACAAGCGCUCGUGGGCUCCUGGUCCCUCCUCGAGUACUUCUCCGACCCCUACGACGGCAAGGGCCCCUCCCUGCAUCCCAUGGAACCCGACGCACGAGGGAUCCUCACCUACCACCCGGACGGGUGCAUGUCCGUGCACCUCAUACCCGCGACCAACAAGCAGAGGCAGAAGAAGCAAUCCCGCACGACGCUCAACGACGGCUUCAUGUACACCGGUGAAUACUGGGUGGAGCUGCACGAGCUGGACCCAAACAGCAGCUUCGUCGUCUGCCAUCGAGCCGAGAUGGCUUCCUUGCUGCAACUAGAGGGCAAGGUGCAGAGGCGGCAGGUCACGCUGCCGAGCCGGAAUCGGCUGGUGUUGUCGCUUGUGGGCUUCGAGGAUCUUGAUGGCUUGAUGGUGAGGCCGGAGUUGAUGUGGGAAAGGAUUAGUCGGCCUUGUAGGGCGGCAUUGAGAUAGAUUGAAUGCGUCUUUGUGUAUCUUGGUGGUGACAAUUCUUCUGGCUGGGGAGUUACUGUAAAUUGCGGCCACGAGCUCUCAUGUGUUAUGAUAAAUGCUCU